CCUCCCUCCCCGGGACCGACCGACCGACCGACCGACCGACGGACCCGGCCGGCCGGCUCUCCAGCCUCCCCCAGACCCCCGGUGCCGGGCGUCCAGCCCCCACGAUGAACUGGGUGGCCGUGGCGUGCUGGACCCUUCUGCUGCUGACGGCUUUCCUCUGCGACAGUGUCACCUGCAAGGGGGGCCGUGGCGGGGCGCGGGGGGCGGCCCGGGGGGCGGCCCGGGGAGGUGUCAGGGCCCGGCUGAAAUCGGCCCCCCGCUACGGCUCCUCGGGCUCGGGCCUGCGGGUGGCGGCCGCGGCCGCGGCCGGGGCCGGGGCCGGGGCCGCCGCCGGCCUGGCCGGGAGGAGGAUGAUGGUGUCCGGGGAGGCCAUCCUCCACGACGGCUCCGAAAACGAUCCCCAGCGCGGCAACGGCACGGGGGACAGCGUCUACUACAGCUACAGGUCCUGGACGUCGGGGGCCGAGCCCCGGGGCUCCGACUGCGGGCUGGGCUCCCUGCUCAGCGUCGCCCUAGGCCUCUUCCAGCUGUUUCCCCUUUAAGGAAGCCACAGUCCACCCCUCGGCCCCUCCGAAGUCGUCCUUCCUCCCACCCUGCUCCCGGGGCCCUGUCCGUCCAUCCUGCUCCCCUCUUCCUGCUCCAGACCCCCGCCCUCGGCCCCCAGGACAGCCCUCUCUCUCUCCAGCUGUCCCGUCUGUGGACGACGCUCGCCCCAAAGUCGGGGAGCCGGGCUCUCGGGAGAGAGGAGAGUCACGGGGGUGAGUCGGUACCAAGCAGGGCGAGAUUGCCACCGCGCUGCCAGAUCCAUGGAACGCGAGUGGUCCCGAAGGCUCUUCCCUCCCUCCGUGGAGGGCACGGUGAAGGCACCCGCCAUCAUCACCACCGCUACCACCACCGGCAAGGAGGGAACCCAGAAGCAGCAGCUGUAGCUGCCCAACAGACUGCCCGGGGAAGGGGAUUCCCACCUCGGGGAUACCCCGGGCCAGGCCCGGACGGUCUAAGAGGGUCCCACUGAAGCUAGACGCCCUGAAUCCUGGUCUCUGGGGAGCUUACGGGGGCAGGGAGAGGUUACCAGCCCCCUCUGGAACAGCCGUCGGGAUACAAGUCAGGACUGGAUCGCUCCCCUUCGGCUUCAGCCGACUCUGGCGGGGACUCUGCCCGAUUUUCCACUUCGAGGGGGGAAAGAAAUAGGGUGCCAAUCUCGAGGUGGUUUCCAGUGUUGUCACUUUGAGGUCCAGAGACGGGGAGGCAGCCGCUACUGAAGAACGACAAGAAGACCAGCCUCACGUCCCUCUGGCAACUCCAGCCUGGCCCUGGACAGCGGCCUUGUUUCCUCAGGUUCCCAUGGUCAGGACGGCACAGCCCUUCGGCCCCUGCUCAGCCACUUGGGAAAUCCUUCCCGUGACCCCCGUCCCCGCUUCCUGCAUGCGGAUUCAAUUUUUCCAGGGCCCAUUUUGGAUUUCGUCCCAGGUUUCAAGCCGGUCUACACCCGGCGGAAAACUUUAACUCUUCUUGCUAAAAUUGGGUGCAUCUGAGGGGAAAACCCUAUCAAUUCGAAGUGUUUCCUUGUCUGAGGUUUAUGUCGCACAAGGACCAUUAAUGGACCGGAAGAGACGAUCUUCCCCGACCUUCUUGAAGGCUGAGACUCACUGUCGGAAGAAGGGAGGCUCAAAAUGAAGACAGCCACCGCUCCCCCAACCCUGGGGUAGAAACCCCGACGGUCUUAAAUCAGAGCAGAUGGAUCAAAGGAGUGACUUUGGGCAGCUCAGAAUUUGGGGGUUUGGAUGUGGACCAGCCGGCCAGAGACGAGGGUGUCCCAUCGCGGCCUUGCUCUGGAGGUUGUCCAGCAGAGAGCCAUUUGUUGACGCUACUGGAACCACUGCCAUUCUGCCCGAGAAAGACGCUUGGGGAGGGAGGUGUGAGGUAAACGUCACUGGGAAUUCUCUCGACUGAAUCGGCAUACGUGUCCUCUCCGGGAUUCGGUAAUUGAAAUUCAGAAGAUGGCCGGUCUCUGGGUAUUCAAUUAGAACCGGGAUUUUCAUUCCCUCCAACCCCCUCCGCUCAGCGUCGGGUGCUGACCCGUGGCCUGAGCUACAGAGGGAGGAAGAGGUCAAAACAAUUACCUAGAAGACGAUUCCUUGUGGACGGCCCGACCGGAAUCAAUGGGAUUUUGGGUCCUCAGUUAUCCAGGAGAGCUCUGACGAAACCGAACUGGAAACGUAUUCAACCGUCCCCCCUUCUGGGGCUGAGCAGCGCGGUCCAUUCUGUGCAGUGAAAUGGCCAUGUUUUGGGGGUGAUGGUAGGGGUAACCCUCAUCAUCUGAACAAUGAGCCCUGGCAGGUUCUGGUGCUUUGAGGUGAUGCUGUUGCCAACAGGAGAAGGAGCCCGAGGGUUCACUGUGUUUGAUGAAAUGAUGGAAGCGCUUGUCUUCACCUUCAAGAUCCAGAGGCUUUUUUUUCUUCUGGGAAGGAGGCCCAGGACCCAUCUGACUGGUGUGGGUAAGCAGUCUCUCCUGGGACACACCCUCCCAGAGAUCUGGCUCCUACCUGGUGCUACUGGCUAAGGAGCAGGCCACGGCAGCUCUACGACCAAGGCUCGGAACUUGACCUCCGAAGCCUCCGGGGCUGUAGAGGUCCUGCCCCUUUGGCCUUUUGAUACACCAAGACAGACCCAAGGACAGCUACUUUCCCCAAAAAAUCGCCCCCCAGUUACCUCAGCUGAAACAGCACCAGGUGCUCUGUGAGAAGUGUUCCCUUUGGCACAUCACGUUUUGCUACGAAAGGGCUGGAACUAGCUUUUCUCCUUGACGACAGCCUCUUUUCCCGGUGUCUCCGUGGACCGACCAGCCUGGCUGAACCUCUCAGCCCUUGCACAUUCCCUCUCGAGAUCUGAGGGCCCAAACUGAUGAACAUAAAUCCUCUACCCA